AUGGUUCCGAUGUUAAGGCUCUACUCACGAUCUGCUCAGCUGUGGUCGGCAUCGGGUCAUUGCUACAACCAGUUGGCAGUGGUAGCAUAUUUCUCGGGUCAUGCACUGGACGAGAUUUUCUUCUGCAUUCGAGCCCUGUCAGCAGUACAUCCAUUUGAGACGGCUCGAGAUCGUUUACAUGCUCGUCUUGCGGCGAUGAAAAGAAAGUCGACUUAUAGCGUGGACAAGUUAGCAACACUUCUGAUGUAUGAGAUGUGUGAAGUUGGCGAGAAGAGCGAAAUUAACCGCGACAUUAGGCAGUGA